CUGCUUAUUACCUCGAUAUUCCAAUCCAGUUAUUCAAACGAAGAGGAAUUAAUUAUGGACGAAAUUAGUGUGCGCCCGGCAGUACGGGAAGACUGUAAAGGAAUAAGAUCUUUAAUCCAGCAACUCGCAAAUUUCGAGGAUAUGUCGAAUGGACCAAAAAUUGGGGCGGACACGUUAGAAAAGGACGGAUUUGGGCCUCAUCCACUUUUCCAUUGCGUUGUCGCUGAAAAGAAUAGCACAUUAAUAGGCUAUGCUUUAUUCUACUUCACUUAUUCCACUUGGGUCGGGAAAUCUAUGUACCUGGAGGACUUGUUCGUGAUUCCUGAUUGCCGGAUGCAAGGAGUUGGCUCUUUACUCUUCGACGCUGUUGCUAAGAAAGCGGUAGAUGAGAAUUGCGGUCGAUUGGAUUUUGCGGUAUUAAAAUGGAACCCCGCGACUAAUUUCUACAAACACCGGGGAGCAAUUGACAUGACGGAAGCGGAAGACUGGCAUUACUAUCGGUUGGGUUCAGAAGGUUUGAGAGAAAGAUUUUGGCAUGCCAUAAAAAUGGCCAGUGAUAACAGAAAAUCGAUUUCACAAAAAAGGUGGGGAGAUUGUGUUUUAGAUUCUGAUUUUUGGGAGGAAUCUGACGAGUUGAUGUUCACAAUAAAAGAGACACCUGAGUUCGUGUUGAGUGAAGAGGAGAGAAAAGGAAUUUUGACUGAUCGUUUAAUUGAAGGUCGUUUGAACCGUUUAGCCAAAUGUCCUCACGAUGGGAGUUAUGCUUUGACAAAAUGUAAUUUAAGUCACAUGGAUCUUGUCGAUAUAACGCAGUUGCAACAAUAUACAUACCUCCAAUACUUGAAUCUUUCUCACAACAAUUUGGGUGACCUAUCAGUCCUGGGGAAUUGCCCCUACCUGCUGUAUCUGGAUGCAUCCCACAAUGACCUGACGUCCCUAUCUCUGUUCCCAUCUCCUUUAUAUUUGACUUACCUGGAUCUGUCUUACAACAAGAUUGACACCAUGAAUGACAUGUCAGAAUUUUGGAGCAUCGUGUACCUGGAUCUUUCGCAUAAUUCUAUUGAAAUUAUUUCGGGCCUGCAAAAGCUCAGACAUUUGAAGCAUUUGAAUUUGUCUCACAAUAUAAUCGACUGCGUGCAGAAUUUGGACGAUCUAAACAUUGAAAACUUAAACUUGGAGUUCAAUCGUAUUACGAAAUUCCGAUCAUCUUCGGGCGAAGGAUUGGAGAAUCUUCGAAAGCUCCGGACUCUUCUCCUGAAUCACAAUAAAAUUGCUUCUUUAUUUUUCCUCCAUAACGGUUUCUACUCCCUCCGUAUUCUCGACCUGAGGCAUAAUAAAAUAGGGGAUCUGCUGAGUGUAUCAAACACCAGAGCUUUCCUCUACGAAAUAAACCUUCGAGGGAACUCCUGCACCACCUGGCCAUACUACAGAGAAGUGCUGUUGCAUUCGAUACCGACUUUAACUUGGAUUGAUGAAUGUGAGGUCACUAUACCCGAACGAGUAUCUGCACUGGCUAAAUUCAAUCCGCCAGUGGAUCUCCUAUCUUCCAAGGCUCUCAGCAGAUUAAACCUUCUGGAGCAUUUAAUCCCUCCGAGGAUCGAUGAGAGUGUCGUCCCUUACGAUCAGUUUGAUCCUGCCCUGAUUGUCCUGAGUGGUCCCUCUGCUGUUAAGAAAAUACUUCUGGGUCUCCUCAUCGCUAAGAGAAUGUCCGAUAAAGUGAAGUACUGCCGGAGUUAUACUACGAGGGAAUUUUCAGCUCACCAAGAUGAGGUGAAGGCUUACAAGUUCGUGGAGAGAGAGGAUUUCAAUACCAUGGCAAGAAAUGGAGAGUUCCUGACCGUUGAGGAGCUUGUUGGGGACAGUUAUGGAUUUCAUGCUGGAGAAAUUGCGGCAUUACAAAAGGCAAAAAAAAUUGGAAUAACCCAAAUGGAUCUGGGUGCGACAAUACAAUUGAAGCAUCGAUACCCAAACGUUAAAUUAAUCCUAGUAAUGACGAAAAAUGAGGAAAUUCAUAGAGAAUGGAUCAGAGAAAAGUUCAAAAUAUUCACUUGGAUUAAAGAUAGCAUCGAAAAUUUGUUAGCAUUAACGAUAGGAAGAUUGUCAAAGGAAAACCACGUGGAAACCCCCGUUAGCAGAGUAAAUUUCAUAUCCCAGAUCAUCAGUGAAAUUAUUCAAGAUCUCGAUUUGCCAAAUUAUUGCAAUUAUGUGCGACCUCAAGGCACCGGAGCCACUGCUAUGGACAUCAUUCUCCAGAGCCGAAUGAUGUUACGUCCAGUCAUUAAGACAACUAAAGAAGUCAUCGGAGAGAGACAUAUUCAGUUUGAGGAAGACAAUGGCAGGGGUGGCGUAGUGGAAAAUGCUUCCGCGGCUGUCUUUUCAGAUUUAAAAGUAGUUCUUGCAUCGAAGGAGGGGUUAUUAACUGAUUAUUUGCAUCCUCCCAUCCGUCGUCAAUUUCAGAUAAUUCUGGACGAACAGAAGAACAUCAUCAUCGACGACGACGAAUCAAAGAAGCAACGGAGAACGAAAAGAUUUCUGCAUCGUCGCAAAGCUUUCGAAGAAAAAGGAGAAGUGUCAACUGACAUGAUGUCUGAAUCGAGUGAUGAGUCGCACUAUCGGUUUUUCGAUAAGUUCAAACGGACUGAUGAGGCAAAAUAUCUAAUGAACUAUUACGUGGAGGUGGUGAUGAAGUCGAGACAAGUGUACAUUGAUAAGCACUUACGGGAUCCCGGAUUCUAUUCGCUCACAGUGUAUUCUGACCAAUACGAAGAGGCGUUGAGCGCUCUUUUCCAAUUUAUUAAUGCCCAAGUGGACCGAAAAUCCGAAAAAUGUGAAAAUCCUGAUAUUAAGUAUCGAAAUGAGGUGAUUGUACCGAAAAUUAUUAGUAACGUCCUCAAUGAACUUAACACAAAUCUUUUCACGAGAGACAUCUGAC